UCCUCUGGGCCAAGAAGUUUCCCUUCCUGCUGAAGCUGCUCUGCCCGUGUUCCUUUCAACUGUCCGCACUGCAGCACCUUGCUGAGCUCCGGGCAGCCCCUCUGCCCCUUCCUGGGGUCACUGUGGGAGGACCAUGGCAGACACCGGGGAGGGGAAAAAGGAGGAAGCUGAUUAUAAAAGACUUCACAGCUUUCCACUGAUUAGGCACACAGACAUGCCGGAGGAGAUGCGUGUAGAGGCCAUGGAGCUGUGUGUCACGGCAUGUGAGAAAUACGCCACCAACAACGAGAGCGCUGCCAAGAUGAUUAAAGAGAUGAUGGACAAGAAAUUUGGGUCCUCCUGGCACGUGGUGAUUGGGGAAGGCUUUGGCUUUGAGAUCACUCACGAGGUGAAGAAUCUGCUGUACAUGUUCUUUGGUGGCAGCCUGGCCGUGUGUGUCUGGAAGUGCUCCUGACAUCUGGCUGGGUCCCAGACUCGCUGCACACAAGAGAUUUCUUCCUUUUCUUGACAGGUUUUGUACAAUCUGGAGGUGGGGCUUUAUUUUUAAUAGUUAAACGUCAAGACUUUUUUUUUCGUACUGACGUACCAGUUCUGUGGGAUACAUAUAGU